CCAUCAUACUUGGGUUUUUUUUCAUCGUAUUUUCCUUUCACUUUUAUUACAUAUAUUUGCUAAUAGGGUGUUUUGCUAGUAAUCUUUGUAGCAACUUCAAUAUGAGCUAUUCAAAUUACUCAACUGGGUCUGGUGCAAGGAGAACGUUCGAGUUUGGGAGGACACAUGUAGUUAGGCCUCAAGGGAGGCACCUUGCUACAAUUGUUUGGCUACAUGGACUUGGUGAUAAUGGAUCAAGUGCUUGUCAGCUCUUGGAAUCUCUUCCUCUACCAAAUGUUAAAUUUAUAUGUCCAACAGCUCCAACUCGGCCUGUGGCAUUACUUGGUGGAUUUACAUGCACAGCAUGGUUUGAUGUAACGGAGAUUUCAGAGGAUAGUCAAGACGAUCUUGAGGGAUUGGAUGCCUCGGCGUCACAUAUUGCAAAUCUAUUGUCAACAGAGCCUGCUGAUGUUAAACUUGGUAUUGGAGGAUUUAGUAUGGGUGCUGCUGUUGGUCUCUACUCAGCAUCCUGCUUCGCUGUAGGGAAAUACGCGAAUGGAAACUUUUAUCCUAUCAAUUUGAGGGCAAUAGUUGGACUUAGUGGUUGGCUUCCAGGUGCAAGGAGUUUGAGGAACAAAAUGGGAGGUUCAAAUGAUGCUGCAAGGAGGGCAGCGUCCUUGCCAAUUUUCCUCUGUCAUGGAAAAUCUGAUGAAGUAGUUGCAUACAGAUUCGGUGAGAAGUCUGCUCAAGCCUUGACUUCAGCUGGAUUUCGAAAUCUCACAUUCAAAAACUUUGAUGGGCUUGGUCAUUACACUAUUCCUAUGGAGAUGGAUGAAGUAUGCAACUUCUUGGUAUCGAGGUUGGGGCUCGAAUGCUUCCGCUGAAGGACUCAACCAUAACUUCGAAACUUUGUUCAGUACAUGCUUCAUAACAUUCAUGAGGAAGGACUUCUGAGUUCUGUUCUGACCUGUAAACAAAAAACAGUGGGAUGGUUGAUUGAAGAAUAUAGUUUGAGGGCAUACAGUAUAGUUUGGUUUGCAGAUAUUCUAUGAUACGUUUUCGGCUAUAAGCCUGUUAUCCAAUAAGAUUAUGUAAUUUUUUUUUGAAAUUUUAUUUGGUUUUUUACAUAAGGUUUUUUUUGGGGGAUUGGUUUCUAGGCUUAUAGCUAAUGAGAUUGGUUGUUCUACACUUCUACUAUAUGAUUAUUAGAAUAUUUAUUUACUUUAUUUAAAUCAAAUUCUAGUG